AUGGCCGAUCGCAUCAGGCUGACGCAGGGAGACAUCACCAAGCUCGAGGUCGAUGCAAUCGUCAAUGCGGCCAACAAGUCUUUGCUGGGCGGAGGAGGCGUAGAUGGCGCCAUCCACCGCGCCGCCGGUCGUGACCUGCUCAAGGAAUGUCGCACCCUCGAUGGCUGUGAAACGGGCGACGCCAAAACCACUGCUGGCUACAACCUCCCUGCAAAGCACAUCAUCCAUACCGUCGGGCCAGUCUACGCCAAGACCAAAGCAGAAGAGAAGCGCGCCCAGCUCCAGUCCGCGUACCGCCGCAGCUUAGAGGAGGCAGUCAAGCUCGAAGGGGUCAAGAGUGUGGCCUUCCCUUCCAUCUCGACAGGCGUCUACGGGUACCCCAUUGAGGAGGCGACGGAUGUGGCAAUCAGUACAGCGAUGGACUUCUUGGAAAGCAAUGAUGCCCUUGAGUCCGUCGUGUUCUGCACGUUUAGCAAGGAGGACCACGAGGUCUACGUUCAGAGGCUGCCACACCAUCUGGCUGAGCCCAAAGACGAAUGA